AUGAAACAGAUCGAUGGUGGUCAGGCUUGCUGGGCCCGCGAUUGGCAAUGGGCUCCUGAAACAUACUACAACGCAAAGACGGGAUGGUACUUCUUUUUCUUCGCAGGGCGUCUGCGCGAAGAUAUGGCGAAAGACCACUUCCGCUACUCAAAAUUUGAGGAACCAUCGAAAUUGGGAGUGGCCGUUUCGCGAUCUCCUACAGGUCCAUUCAAAGAGAUUCAGUCGGAGCCCAUUGGUUACUAUCCAUUCGACCCCGAUUACCAUGACGUCAAUCUCAUCAUGGACGACAAACAAAUGCUGCCACCAAAGACCCAAGAGGAGGGCAAGCAAGCUCCAAAGGGUACUUACAUACCUACGAUUGACCCAAACAUCUUUUUUGACAAGGACGGCCGUAUUUACCUAUACACCUCUCGAAACGCGUACCGUAAUUGGAAUUGGGAUGAAAAGCUCGGCAAGUACAUCGAGGAGUCGAAUAUCAUCGUCGUCGAGAUGGACCGAGCCUGGUGGGACGAUCCAUUUGCGCGAACCAUGCCAGAUAUUGCGUCGUCAGAGGUUGAUGUCCACGCCCGCGAUGCGCCGGACUUGCCGAGCAAUAUCACUUCAUAUAAUGGGACUGGCGAGAUUGGGAAACCCCCGCGCAAAGAUGGAUGGAAAACGGUCAUUUCGUAUGGAGCCGACCCUCAACAAUGGGAGAACUUUCAUGUCGAUGAUUACGAGAAGAACAACGGUACGAAGAAGGACCGAAGGUGGUCAGAGGGCAGUACAGUUAUCAGGCGCACGGGAAAAGAUGGCAAACCAACCUACCUUCUCACAUACAGCGCAAACAACUACGAAGCCUCAAACUAUGGCGUCGGAUUCGCAACGGCCGAGACUCCAUUGGGCCCCUUCCGAAAAUCUGCCAAGAACCCCGUUCUAUCACAGGCUCCGGAUGCUGAGAUCCCCAUAUACUCUACUGGCCACGGAAGCAUUGUGGCAUCGCCCCCCAAGAACACAAGGAGCAGAGUUGGUGCUCAGGAGGUCACUCAAAGUACCUCUGAGGGAGCCGAGCUAUUCUACGUGCAUCAUGCGCGCAACGAUACAACGCGAGAUCGAUCAAUAUACACCACCCGAAUGAGCCUCGACGACUCUUCGAUCUACUUUGGUUCCGAUAAUGCCAUAACAAUGAACCUGACGUCAUUGGAUCAGCCACUCCCUUUGAACACGUACCCAAUUCAACUUGAGAUAGGGUGUCCCCGGGGCAGAAACUUCGAUUCACAAUUCGAAGUGCGUGUUGUUUCGAAGACCGGAGCUCCUUUUGACUUGACCGAAGGCUCGAACAGAGUCGUUGCCCAACCGGAAACAAUAGAAGCUUCCUCCAUUGAGCCUGUCAGAGGAAGAGGUGGAACGUUUGUCCUCAAAUUCGACAAAGGCUCCGUGCAAGAGCUGGCUUAUCAGCGCUCUAGUGUCAAGGGCAACUGGACAUUGGUUGACAGCCAAAAGGUUCGCUGCCGGAUAAGCUCCCGUCAGUAUAGUGUGUAA